AUGCCGACUUACAAAGUUCAUGUCAAAUGGGGCAGCGAAAAAUUCACAGACAUUGAAUGCAAUGGAGAUGAAACCCCACUUUUGUUCAAAGCACAACUGUUCAAUCUGUCUGGAGUACAGCCUGAUCGACAAAAAGUUAUCACAAAAGGAGUUGUCCUCAAGGAUGAUGAAUGGAACAUCCAGUUAAAAAAUGGCUUAACAUUCAUGAUGAUGGGUUCUGCUGACGUUCUACCAGCUGAACCAGUUGAUAAACCAGUUUUCAUGGAAGACAUGAAUGAGGCCCAACUUGCUACUGCACUGAAACUUCCUCCUGGUUUGAUAAAUAUAGGCAACACAUGCUACAUGAAUGCCACAUUACAAUGUUUGCAUUCCAUUCCUGAACUUAGAGAAAAUCUUGCCAAUUACCAUCUUACUCAGAGAGGUACUCAGAUAGGGGACACAAUCACUCCAGCAAUGGCUGAUCUUUUCAAGGCAAUGGAUGAGAGCUCAACAGCCAUUUCUCCUAUCAUGUUUCUUCAUGUCCUACACAGUGCGUUCCCAAAAUUUGCUGAAAAAGGAGAACAAGGUGGAUUCAUGCAACAGGAUGCAAAUGAAUGCUGGACAGAAUUGGUAAGGAGUCUGCAGCAAAAACUCUGUAUUACUUCACCAGCCACUGAUCAGGGUGAAGGGGCAGCUUCAUCACAAUCUAAAAAAUUAAUUGACCAGUUUAUGGGCGGAGAAUUUGAAGUCAUUAUGAAAUGCAAUGAAGCAGCAGAAGAGGAUAUUUCCAAAUCAGUUGAGAAAUUUUAUCAACUCAGUUGUUUCAUUGAAAAAGAGGUAAAAUUUAUGCACACAGGAUUAAAAUCACGCUUGGAAGAAACGAUAACCAAAUAUUCUCCCACUUUAGGCAGAGAUGCUUUGUACACAAAAUCUAGUAAAAUCAGCCGUUUACCAGCGUAUUUAUCUAUUCAGUUUGUUAGGUUUUGCUAUAAGGAAAAUGUAUCAAUAAAUGCCAAAAUUCUCAAGGAUGUAAAAUUUCCCCUCAAUCUUGAUGUCUAUGAUUUGUGCACAGAAGAAUUACAAAAGAAACUUGUUCCUGUGAGAGACAAGUUCAAGAUCAUGGAAGAUCGCCAAUUGGAAGAGCAGGGCAAAGCAAAGUAUGAUCCAGAAUAUGCAAAAAGUCUUGAAGGAAGAAAAAUGAAAAUUGAGCCAUUUUCUUUUUCUGAGGAUGAUGGUUCUAGUAACAGUGGUUAUUAUGCAUUGAAAGCUGUACUUACACACAAAGGACGAACAAGUUCUAGUGGACAUUAUGUGGCAUGGGUUCGAUAUAAAGACGAUGAUUGGAUAAAGUUUGAUGACGACAAAGUAUCUUCGACUCCUUCCUCUGAAAUUCUCAAAUUGUCUGGCGGUGGUGAUUGGCACUGUGCCUAUGUGCUUCUUUAUGGUCCACGCACUGUAGAAAUGGUUGAUGAGUAA